AUGAGGCGAUCCGCUGUGGCAAAUAAUCCGAAGUGUAAAAUCCACGUUGUUUCAGCGGACCCGCUUUGUUCGAAUUUCCGCCCAUACCUUUACAACUCGGAAUUCCGGUACGCUAUCAAGGAACGAGGAGGAGGAGAAGAAGAAGAAGAAAAAGAAGGCAUAACUGAGCAAGUGCAGGUGCGCCUGCGUCUUUGCCUUGCACUCGGGGGGGAGAGGGAGGGGGAGGAGGAGCUGACGUGCCUGCGUCUGACAGAAGGUCUCUCGCUGAACACUCUAGCAUCAUACGCCACUACUCUCUCUCAACUCACUGCCGCUGUCCUUGCUUUUGAUGAUUUGGAGGUGGAGAUGGAGGAAAAUGCGAAGGCUUGCGGGUCGUUGAUAGCGCCAUCCUAUCUUCUUCAUCUCACAGACGCUCCGGCGCGUCUGCAAUUUAUCUUAUCUCUCGUCGCACACUGGCUCCCUCGUCACCUCCUGCGUCUCGCCUCCGAACAAUCGCAUGUUGAGUGUCGGCAGCUUCUUGAGGUGCAAUUCUGCUUUACCUUUGUCUCUCAUCCUAUUGCAUCCCACACGAUUUUAGAAUAG